CGACCCGCGUUGGACCCCAUGGCCGACCCCAGACCCAAGAAAGCCAAGAUCUGUCUCUGCAUGUUUCUAUGUCUUCUGGCGGCGGGGGUCAUCGCGGUGGUGGUCGGAAUCCGGAUGCGGCGCCACUCGUCCCAGCUCAUGAAGUGGAACGGGACGGGCAGCACUGCCCAUUUUCAAGAAAUCGUCCUGGAGCGAUGCUACAACUACACGCAGCUGGUGCAGCCGGCGCUCAGAGAUAGAGACUGCCAAAAGAUCAGGGAGGCAUUCAGGAAUGCAUUUAUCUCUAAGGACCCCUGCAGUGCGACAGAGGAAGACUACCACCCACUGAUGAAACUGGUGAAUCAAACUGUGCCUUGUGACAAGACAGUCUUUUGGAGCAAAACAAAGAAGUUGGCGCAUCAGUACACGAAGGUCCAGCGAGAGAUGUUCACCCUGGAAGACACACUGCUGGGUUACAUUGCGGAUGACCUUAGCUGGUGCGGAGAUGCAGGCUCUCAUGAAAUGAACUAUCAGUCUUGUCCACACUGGAAGAAAGACUGCAGCAACAACUUUGUUUCUGUAUUCUGGGGCUUGCUGUCCAAAAGGUUUGCAGCAAAUGCCUGUGGUGUGGUCCAGGUGGUGCUCAAUGGAUCCAUCAGUAACGCCUUUGAUGGAAAGAGCACUUUUGGACGCGUGGAAGUCCAUAACUUGAAUCCAAUGAAGGUUCAUACGCUACAGGCUUGGGUGAUCCAUGACCUUGGAAAAUUUCCCAGUGAUUCAUGCUCCGGUUCCUCCAUAAAUGAUCUGAGUUGGAUUAUGAAGCAAAGGAAUAUCAAAUUUACUUGCCAGGAUAACUACAGCUCUGUCAAGUUUCUUCAGUGUGUGAAAAAGCCUGAGGAUUCAUCUUGCAGAUGAGCCAGUCUGCGUGGCUGAGGCCGUGCAGUAUACAUCAACAUGCACGACUCAGGAGACACGCUGGUGGAAAGCUGAGGAUGCGGGGGAAUUCUCUGUCAUAAUAUCAAUACCGGAGAUGGGAGCCUUUUCCUCUAAAGUCUUAAAAUAACUUAUGUUAUUGGCAUAGUUUUUAUUUCGAUCUCCUAAUAGUCAAGAAAAAUUAAUUAUUGUAUAAAAUUAGAGUGGAAAUUUUAUAUUAUUUCAUUUUAAUUUUCAUAUGAUGCUUUAUGUUAUUAAUAUGUUGGUAACAUCCUUUCCAUUGAAGAAUGACCACUCCAAGCCUCUUAUUGGCAGGUCAAGAAAAGUAAAUGCCCAGACUUUUCAGAAAAGGUUACAUUUCCAAAUGAAUGACCUUGUCUCAGGAUAUAUUUUUGUACCCUUCCUACAGAUAAACUAUAAAUGCCAUGGUUAUGGGUCAUGUUGGGAAAAAUAUUCUGUAGGAUAUAAGCUACCCAGGUGCUUGGUGCUUUACCUCUAAUCCUUCCAAUAACCCUAUGAGGUUGAUAGUAUUAUCCCCCAUUUGUCAAAUGAGAAAAAGGAAGUUCAGAGAGUUUAUAUACUUUUCCCAAAAUCAUACAUUUAGUUCAAGGUGGAGAAUGAAUUUGAACUCAGCUUUAUUCAACUCCAAAAUUCAUGUGCUCUCUCUUUCUAGACUGAUAAAACCAGAUGGACAGUGCUUAUGUUCUCUUCCAAUAAAUGCAUGUUGGAUUAAAUUAAAUACAAUAGAAUCUGAAAUGUGA